GCGGGCGAAAGCAGCGAGUUUUGUUCUAGUAUUUACCCCGCGGUGUAAAGUUGGCUCUCGCGCUCUCCGGUGUCCUUAAGCCUUAAGUCACGUUCCAUUGUUCGCGUCGUUCCUUCAAGAUCCUCUCACACCGUAGAGAAUCCCUGUUGUUCUAUCGCUUGUGCUUUUUAGUGGUGAACGCCAUACGAAUUGUGCGCCAUGUUCGCGCCGCGAGCAACACGCGAUCCACCGGCUAUUGUGACAAGUGAUACGCUUUUUUCAUGAACAAGUUGGAGUGUGUGCGUUUAAAUCCCAUUCUGGAUUACACUGGCGGUUUAUGUGACUACGUACUCUUGCCGUUAGGAAGGCAAAAGUCCAGUGGUAGUAAACGACGAGGCGAAAGCACGCUGUGGGAUCGUGGAAUGUGCGCUGACAGAAAACGAUGACUUCGUAGCGGGAAGGGUUCGAGGGCAGAGCAUGAGGGUCGGCCAGGAAACGCGGAAAGAACGUUCACAGUUCGGCGAAGCGAUUAAUGACUGUCAGUCACCGAACACAGCUGGACACGUCUCUGUCUCCACCGGUUGGAGAUGAGCACGAAGGAGCUGAAUGCGACAACGUUGACGACCACAAUGACCACGGCCACGACGCUCACGUCGUCCACGAAGCUCGAUGUCGAGGCCGAGGACGACGAAGAGCCACCGACCACGUUCGAAGCAUUGGAUAUGGAUCUGGUGAACGGACCGAAUCCGUGGCUUCCGGCCUAUGGUUUCCAAUUACAGCAUCGUUCCCAUUUUCAACCUACGCACGAGGAUCUACGGACUAAUGACACAGUGCUAGUGCAGCAAGUGGACUUUCUAGAAACUAUUCUAGAGGAAACAUCCGACGAUCUACAAAGCGAUUCCGAUCGAAGUGGAACUACAUAUUGGGUGGGCUCAGACUCUGAAACCGAAAGCGUGAUACAUAUACGCGCGAAGCAGAGAUUGGCUGACGAGAGGUUGGAUGGCAGCGGAAGCGAAUGCAAUUCCGUGGUUCCGAAGAAGAGACGUCGAAAACACAAUGGUAACAGCGAUCGAGAACAACAGGCUACCUUCGACGAUUACCCACCAUCGCCGAGGUCAUCGAGGUCGUCCGCCUCCUCAAGGUCUAGCUCUCUAUUGCAAUUCGAAUCCUUAGAAAGGACCUGUGCCACACUGUCACCGUCCAGUUACAGCUUCGAUUCGCUGGAGUAUCCUAAUCGAUCAAACGCCUCUCAUCCUGAGAACACGUCGCCAGACAGCCUCGAGCAGGACUAUGACAAGGUUUUACCAAACGGUUUUGGAAACAUCGUAGAUCACUUUUCCAGAAUUAGACCUUACCGUAGCUUCGAAAGUCUGGACACUUGUCAAAAGGAAGAGGAGUUUGGUUCUGGUGGUCUGACCAAUGGAUUCACACCUUUGUACCUGAAACGAAACAUGGACCUGUCGAGAACACGUAGCAAUGGCUACCACCGUCCAAGGGAUUUUUGGCACGAGGACGAAGAAUACGAAGACGACGCUGGCGACGAGGACCUUGACGAAGAAGAUCGUAUGCUAAACGACAAUCGAUCCGGGGCGGAGCUGGAGGAUCGGCUGAUGGUGUUCGGCGAUUCGGCGUGCAACUACGCGACGUCGCUGGAUUAUCGGAAUACGAUCGACCUACGAGAGAUCGGUGUCGAGUCGAAAAGGGACGCACUGCUGGACCUGAAAUCUGGCCAAACGGCUGUGUCGAGUUCGUUUCGCCUGUUGCAGACUAGAUUAAAUAUAGCCGGCAAUAUGGCGCACGGCCGUAACAACAUGGUCGCCGAUCAUCAUCAUUACCACCAUCAUCAGCUGCAGCAGCAGCUCCACAGUUACGAGCAGCACGAGCAGCACCAGCGUCAAGGGUGGAGCAACGAGGAGUGCUUUAAUUUUAGAUUCACGGAUAAAUCUCAAAGCGCGCCCAGUCUGCCUAGCAGCGUCACCGAGUCCGCACACGGUCCACAUUCGUUGGCCGCGUACGCAUCCUCGUCCAGAGCGACCUUCUUCGUAUCCACGUCGAAUUUGUUCGAGAAUUAUACAAGAGUAGCCAGCGUGCCCGUCGAUUUGAAUCUCUGCGGCGUCUACACGACGCACGAUGAUACACGCUACUCUCCAGUGAAUUUCCACGAGCAUCACGAAAUGGCGGAAGUCUCCGUUGUUGAAAGUAAGAAGCGACUGGAAAGCAACGAGGAAAUUCGACAGAACGGAGGCGAGAAGAGUGAACAAGCGAAGAACUCGUUAUCGAGCUCGGUCAGAACGCAAGCCUCGCAGAACGCAAUGGUAGAUGGCGAGAUGGACCGCGAGAAAGCGGAAGAAGAGCCGAAGGAGGACGAGGAAUGCGUAGGAGAGCACUGUUCAAAGCCACGAGAGACGAAACAAGUACCUUCAACGGUGAAGACGCAAGAUCCGGGCAACUGUAUACUCGAUAUGGCGAUUGCUAUGGAGAACGACAUCGAUUCGGUGGAUGCAGCGAUCAAGCAGUUGAAGCGCGAGGCCGUGGAAGUUACUUCGAAUAACGCCAACACGUUAUCUGGUAUCGAUGGUAUUCAGAGAACUCCUUCCGGUAGACAGCGACCGUGGAAGGUAAAGAACAACGCGAGCUACGAGUUGGCUCAGCAAUUCGAAAUCGACGAGAGAAGUUUCCGAUCGAACAAAUAUCGUAAGGAGGUUGGUAACGAUGGUGAAAAAUCGCUGAAAAGUGAACGAAAACGAGUGUCAAACAACGCUAGUUACGAGCUGGCCCAACAGUGUGACUACAUCAAGGCUCUCCAGUGUUCCAAAGGUGGAUUCAAGCGGAUGGAUGCGUGCGACGAGUUGGAGGAAUCGAUUUCAGGACGAUCCUCGCUGCUCAGAGUUUCCGAUUUGGUGCAGCAAAUGAGUAGUAGCUCGACAUCGAAUCUACCGAGCUACAGCGAGCCGUAUUUGGAUACCAGGAAAUAUUCAAAGUCCGCGGAAAAUAUUUCCACGCAGUUCUCGAUAGCUCCGUUCACCAGGAUUCCGAUCAAUCAGCUGGGCCAGCGGCUCAAAAAACAGCAAGAGGAAACGCUUUUCGGCCAGAUAAAAAAAAACUCGGAUCCAUUUUCGGUUUAUGGAGGCGAUUCUAACGCCCGUGUUUUAGUAGACAACGAAAUAGAUUUACCCUGCUUGGAAACCAAACCCGUAGGAACUUCCAGCCUGGAGGGGGGCGUACGAUGCGAGGAAACAAGCGUCCAGAAACCUGAGAAACCUUUAACCCCGGAACGUGAAAAUGUUGAUUCAAACGCUUCCUAUAAAACCGCGACUGCGGACGCGAUUUCAAAGGACACGGAUCAAGAUGCAGCGAACGAGACGAGCUGUUCGAAAAGGUUGUUCAUCGGUGAUUUCUAUCCGGAAAAAAUCGUGCGGUUGCAGCAACAGGAGGAGGGCCGUUAUGUGGAUUAUCGGCCAGUGGAAGAGGAUCGUGCGGUCGAACUCGAAAUCGACGAAAGUGGCGGCAAAAACGAAAGUUCUUCGACGAGUCGAUUAUCAUCGACUUCGUCGUGCAACGGUAGAAACAAUGGAGAACUGUUGUGGAGAGUCGUAGUGGAAAAGCAGGCCGCGGAAAAGGAUGCUCCUGCGAAGAAGGCUACGAAGGAGAAAGAGGUGGAAGAGGAGAAGUUGCAGUACAAAGUGGAGAAGAACGAGAGAGAGCAAAAGAAGGAGGAGAAGGAGGCAACGGAAGCAGCGAGGGGACACACUGUCCACGGUGUUCAUUGCCCCCCACCCAACGGUAGCAGCAACAGCGACGGCCUGGAACUCGGUGAACGGAGUGGGAAUCCAGCGGUGGCCGUGGCAGUUGAUACGAAUCAUCGCGGUGUUCGCGACAAACGUCACGAGGAGAACGCGGCGGCAACAACUGCGCCGGUUAGCGUAGACGAUAGGCACGACGGCCACGCGACUAUGUCGGCCACGACGACCACAACGACACCGCGUCCGUUCGUCGCGGCACCCAUCGUCAAAACAGAGCCAUCGGCGGCGAGGUUCCAGCGGAACAUGGUCGUCGACGCGUCGUCCGCGACCACGGUAAAGGAAGAGCGGAAAAAAGGUGGACUCGGUGGAUUUCUCCAACGAUUCUCGAGGCUUCGGUUCAGUGGUAGAUCGAAAGUGCCGCGAUCCGAGGUGCAGAAGAAAAGUGAUACGAUCGGCCAAGUGAAUCGCGCGAAGGUGACCGAGGAGAAGGUUAAAAAGGAGCCGGACUAUAUUAUCAUACCGUUGCAUCCUACCGAAGAGGAAAGGCAGAAACAAGACCAGAACACAGCUGCGGAGAGCAGAGUAGACACCAGCAGCAAUGACAGAAUUGUCGCCGACGUUCAACGAAGUCCCUCCGUUAUAAGCGCAAACGGGAGGGCGCCAGUGUCCAGCAAGCCGCCCCUGCCUCCGCAGCCCGCCGCCGUUUCCGUCUCCGCGAACACCGCCGGCAAGAAGACCAGGAGUUUGCUCAAUCUGAAUCACACUUCGGCCGCCCCGCGACCCAGACCGGAGCACGCCCUCCACGUACCCCAGUCGCCUGUCGCCGCUUCGCACAGGAGCCCCCGCGACGACGACGCCGCCUCCACCAUCAACCAACGGCCACACAAAUCCAUGGAGUUCCUUCUCGACAAGGAGAACCUGCAUUUCGUCAAGCCGCCGGAGAACGAGUUGCAGAAAGUUGGCGAACGCGUGCCCAGCGAGCACGAACUCAGAGUGCAGAGGUCUCUGCAACGACUGAACGUCCCGGAUUGGUACAAGAAUUCUCCCGCGGCUCGCGAUGGUUUCCGCUUAAAGAGGCACUCCGACGCGUCGCAACACGGAGGAUGGCGUGCAUUGGGCUCGAAAACCACUUCCCUCUCGUCCCUUUCAUCGUCUUCCAAUAGACAGCCGACUACAGGUGCCCUUCUUAGUCCAAGUCCCACGCCACCUGUAUUCUCAAGAUGGAGUACCAGCCUGCUAAACAGUGCCGGAAGUUCGCCAGCGAGUUCAACAAGGUCGUCUUUCAAUCAUCGACAGCCAUACUUGGGCUGGCGUUCUCAAGAACGGCUAACGAACCCGCGAACACCGGCAGAACGUCUUGCUCAGGGUAUUCUUCCCCAGUUGCAAGCAGCAAACAAGCAGCAACAACAACAGCAGCAGACAACGAAUCAGCAGCUAGAGGUAAGGAACUCGAUAAAGGAGGUAACCUCGGCCAUUGUGCACUACGUGCAAAGCGGUCAGGAGGUUGGUGGAGGUGGCAGGCUGUCGCCUCGACCUCGACCUGAAGACUGGGACGACAGGGGCGGAGCAAGGUCGACCAGCCCCAGAGGAUCGGGCCAGAGCGAUACGGACGAGGCGAUGGCGACGGCAGCUCUUCUGCGGAACAAACCGAGCCCGGGUUCCACGACCCUGGAGGACGUCCUUGACUCCCUCCUUGGCCUGCCAUCCGCGUCGCGUACCCCGAGUCCUGGGCCAGGGCCCGUCGUAACCGGUACAUCCGCCACCAUGCGCCAUCGAACUAACAUCGGCCAGGCUAAUGCGAAAGCCGGGAAGAGCUGCAGCGACCUACGCCAAGACCUCCAAGAGUCCGCUAAGAGCGUGAUGGACGUGCAGCUGCAAGGAGCCUCCGAGGAGCGUGCCUCGUAUUACGUGGGUGAGCUCGUGCGACGAAAGAGCGAGGGUAGCGACACGAUGCCCUCGAAAACGGCUGCGGCACAGUCGAGAGGCGUACCCUUGAGUCACCGAAGAGUUUCCUUUGACAACAAUCAGGAGGCGAAUGGCCUGGUGGCUGGCAACGCUGCGGAGAAAAUCAUUCGUUGCCGAAAUAACAAGUGCAGUAACUCGGCCACCUUGGCCGAGGCGAGGAAGACCUACAAAAGCUGUCACAAUUGUACCUGCCUGUAUUGCUCGAGGGAGUGUAGAAGAGCGCACUGGCAGCGUCAUCGGAGAACCUGCUUGCACUCCCGAGCCGGAAGCCUCUGCAAACAGGUGUUAUCCUCCGCCAAGGAGGAUCCCAUCACGCUGAAACACAUCUCGGCGUUGGCCAAGCGUGGCUACGCGUUCCACGGCCGUGGAGCCGUCAAGUGUUUCUUCUCGAGUCCGGAAGCGGCGGAGAAAUUCAUCGCAAACGGUUUCGUCGACUUAGGUGAACCCACGUACGUGCGAUGGUCGGAUUUGCUGGCCAGAGAGAUGGGAGCGGAACUGUACGCCGAGGUGAUCAGACUCUGCAAGUCGUACAAUCCGGAUACGAGGCUGGUGUUGUAUGUGGCCGUUUGCGUGGUCAGCGAGGUGCCAACCAGUGGAGCGGUAAAAUGGGAACGACAGUUGGUAUCCAGAUGCGCGAAAAUCCACUUAGACUCUGCAAACAGGCAUCACACGUCUUCGUCAUCCGCCUCGCCGCAGGGUAGGCAACAGUCCACGUCUCCCUGCAACAUCACCCGAGAGAUGGAGUCCCCGGAGAUGCUGGUGCUUACCUCGCUGCCAGGCAAUAACGGCCAGAACACACCUAGGAAAAUCCGAGAAAUCAGUUUCACCAACAUCCAGAGACAACUGAAACUAAGGGGCGUGUCACUCCGGAGGCACUUUCCGCAGGUUUACAGGAAGCUCCGUGCCUACGUGGAUGGUACCGUGGAUAAGUUCGCUCCGGUUACCAUCUAUCCGAGAGACCAGGCAUCUGGUAAAAGUUUCAUGUGCAUCAUCAUGCUCGGUGUAGAACCUGAGCGCCUUCAGCUGCUUCCCACAGAUUCCUCUAGAGUUAGAACCGUUGACAUUAGCGUCGAGGAGGAAUGAACGCCGAAUAGAAGCUCUUAAGUACUCGCUUGUGCGAUUUUUUUUUUUUUUUUUUUACUAAAUUAGUAGGAAUGAUCUUUUGCAGGCUACGAUAGACGUGCGUGCAAGACGCGAGGAAUAUUUCGAGCUUCGUCUUCGAGUUUAUACCCUUCGAUGAAAGGAAAAUACACGUAGCAGUCGCGAAACUGUGAGAGAAAUAGCUGAAGGAAGCUCGUGGAAUUCGAUAGGAAAUUGAAUGAAAGUAAAUCGUCUUUCGUGAAAAGAUGCCGAUUAGGAUGGUCUUUCGGGAGAAGAUGAUUUACCAAAUCGAGGACACGUCGAGGUGCUUGAUAUUCCACGACAUUUCGUGUGAAGCAACGAACAAAAUAACGUAGAAAAAAUUAGACUAUACGUUGCCAAACACUCUCGCCUUGAUUCAGUUUUUCAGAUAGAUCUAAUUGUGUAUUUAUAGUUUCUGAUUAAAGCUCGUCGGGUACGCGUUACAAUCGUUGGAGAUGUUAGUUUACGCGUCAUUUCGAAGAUCAGGGACUAUAUAUCGUAAUUUCCAUACGAUGUCUGCUCGAUUACUUAUCGUAGAUCGACGAACAUUCAUUUCCGUGGACACUUAACGAGCGUGUUGUAAUCAACAUGUAUCAGUUUCAUUCGCGAAUCUUAUUCGUGGAUCUUAGAGUACCUAUCUCUGAUUGCUUCGAUAUAUCAAAAAAUAAAAAUCUCCUCGAUUUGGUUGUUAUUCUGUCAGAUGUUUAUUAGCAACUAUAUCGAUUGUCGAACGAAUCAACGAGCGAUCUUGAUAGAACAACGGUUCCUAUCGAUAUUUCGAUAUCAAACUACAGUGGGAUAUACUGGAACGAACGUUAUUGAUUCCGAAAUUGGUUUCUCAUAGCUUUUAUUCGUUCUAGCAUCCAUGCAUAAUACAUCGUUGAAAUAUGUAUGUACACGUAUCUAGGAACGGUCCAUUCCAAACUCACAGUCUCAAGCAUAAUUACCAUUUAAUACAACGAUAUAAACAGGAGAAAUCUAAUACAAAAGCAUUAAAGCGUAAAAAUAGCAUAAAAUUAAUUUAUUCAACUUUUAUGUACAUAUGUGCAUUUGAAUUUGAAAGGGAUUAACAGCAAUAUCUCCUUAGCUUAAGUUUAAGGUAUGAAAAUUCCUUGAUAAAAGCACGCAUUUCGUUGUGAUAUCGACGAUUUUUAGCGAUAAAAGCGAUUUUAGCUUCGUUGUAGCAUAACCCACUGUAUUCUUCGGAAAACUUUAAAUUUGUUUCUUUUUCCAUCCAGGUUUCACGAAAAAAUGUAAAAUUAACGUAAAAUUAACGUAAAAUCUUGCUGCAUUAUAAUUAGAGAAUUCUAAUUAUUCGUCUAAUCUGUAAAAAGGAUGCUAUUCAAACGCUCUACGUUCGACACGUCGUUUUCGAAAGUAAUGACGAGAAGUAUCUUGUUGUCCUUUCGUUCGAUUUAAUGUAGUUACAGUUGUAUUUUUUGAAUUUUAUCAUAUAUAUUAUAUAUAAAGAUUAAAUCUCUCUCCGCGGUGCAGUCAGACUGUCUCGAUUGUGAUUCAAGAAGAUGCUCUUCGAAUUGAUGGAUCUCGAGUCAAGCUGAACGCAUCGACGAUAUAAAAAAGGCAAAUGUAGAUUGUGGAAGAGAUUUUCGCAGUUUAAUAGCUCCUUGUGGAAGAUCCUCUAAAAAUCCCAAGUUUCAAAAGUCUGUAAAACCUAACUAGCGACCGAUGUCCCUGAAAAUAGAGAAUUUCUACCGAGUAAUCGUCUCGAGCUCAAAUCCAAUUACUGUACCGUUUCCACAGACGCGAUCUUUGUGCCAAAGCGUAGACCGUAAUAAAUUAAUAAUCUUUCGAAUUAAGAAAGUAACCUGCGCGGAUCACGAUGGCAACAGGAAUGAACGUCUGCAGGAAAGAAACAUUCUAAGAAUCUUGAUCUCAUGGACUAACUUCGUGGCAUCGACGAACUCUCCGUUUAAUACUAAACUCGCGUUUUUAUCUUUUCGACGAGAUAAGAUCGGGAUACCAAUUUUACUUUUACGAAAUUUCCUACAUAUUUUCUACAUUUUCACGUAACGUCGGUGAAAUUCUUUUUGCGACAAAUAAACUUAACAGAGUAACAAAA